GCGACAGGAGGGAGGAGGGGGAGAGAGAAGGGGCGGGCUGGAGGCUGGAGCGGGCGGUUCGGAGCAACGCUGGGGGGGCCCCCCCAAGGCUGUGCUCGCUGCAGCCGCUGCACCCCCGAACUCUCUAACCGACUGACCGGGGCGGCGGCCUCGGGACCCGUUGGAAGCGGCUUUGGCGGCCCAGGAGCAGGGCCGAGCGUGGUCCGGGCCAUCAUGGGUCCCGUGGGAAACCAUCGCCUCAGGGAGCCCGAAAGCCUCGAUGCCGACGACCAGCCUGAGCUGGGCAUGGGGACCAUGGAGGACCAGAGUGGGAGGUCCAGGGAUGCCCCCGUUUUCUUCGAAUCAGAUUAUGUGACAGACGAGCGGGGCCCCAGUGACCGUUUCCACGCCAUCUACUUUGCGAUGCUGCUGGCUGGCGUGGGCUUCCUGCUGCCCUACAACAGCUUCAUCACCGACGUGGACUACCUGCACCACAAGUACCCAGGGACCUCCAUCGUGUUUGACAUGAGCCUCACCUACAUCCUGGUGGCACUGGCCGCAGUGCUGCUUAACAACGUGUUGGUGGAGCGACUGAGCCUGCACAUGCGCAUCACUGCAGGCUACCUCCUGGCCCUGGGCCCCCUGCUCUUCAUCAGCGUCUGUGAUGUGUGGCUGCAGCUGUUCUCUCGGGACCAGGCCUACGCCAUCAACCUGGCCGCGGUGGGCACCGUGGCCUUCGGCUGCACAGUGCAGCAGUCCAGCUUCUACGGGUACACCGGAAUGCUGCCCAAGAGGUACACGCAGGGGGUGAUGACGGGGGAGAGCACGGCGGGCGUGAUGGUGUCCCUGAGCCGGAUCCUCACGAAGCUGCUGCUCCCCGACGAGCGCGCGGGGACGCUCAUCUUCUUCCUGGUGUCGGCGGGGCUCGAACUGCUGUGCUUCCUGCUGCACCUGCUGGUGCGCCGCAGCCGCUUCGUGCGUUUCCACACGGCGCGGCCCCGGCCCCGGCCAAGCCUGCCCGCCCCGGGGUGCGGCUACCGGGUGCACCACGACGUGGCGGCCGACGACGUGCAGUUCUGGGAGCACCAGGGCACGGUCCUGGCCAACGGGGGGUCCCCGAAGGACAGCCCUGCGCAUGAGGUGCCCAGCGGCGGGGGCGCCUACACGCGUUUUGAUGUGCCCCGGCCCAGAAUCCGGCGGAGCUGGCCUUCUUGCAGAGCCCUGCUGCUGCACCGCUAUGUGGUGGCGCGUGUCAUCUGGGCCGACAUGCUGUCCAUCGCCGUGACCUACUUCAUCACUCUGUGCCUCUUCCCGGGCCUCGAGUCCGAGAUCCGCCACUGCGUCCUGGGCGAGUGGCUGCCCAUCCUCAUCAUGGCCGUGUUCAACCUCUCGGACUUCGUGGGCAAGAUCCUGGCGGCUCUGCCAGUGGACUGGCGAGGUACCCACCUGCUGGCCUGCUCAUGCCUGCGCGUGGUCUUCAUCCCCCUCUUCAUCCUCUGCGUGUACCCUAGCGGUGCGCCUGCCCUCCGCCACCCAGCCUGGCCUUGCGUCUUCUCGCUGCUCAUGGGCAUCAGCAACGGCUACUUCGGCAGCGUGCCUAUGAUCCUGGCGGCUGGCAAAGUGAGCCCCAAACAGCGGGAACUGGCAGGGAACACCAUGACCGUGUCUUACAUGACGGGGCUCACGCUGGGCUCAGCUGUGGCCUAUUUCACCUAUAGCCUCACCAGAGACACCCCCAGCGACUGCUUCCCUCCCACUUCCAACACCUCUGUCCCCCUCCCCCAUGGCCUCUGAGCCCCAACUCCCUCCCUACCCUGUGCCGGCCACCCAGGAGCCUAGAGGUGGGACUGUCCCCCAACUCCCACUGGCGCCUGUGACCUGCAUCCCCACCCAUCCCAGGUGUAUCUCAUAGGCCAGUGCUCAGUGGCCACAUGGGCGUCCCCACCCGUAGAGCAGACCCCAGCUCCCCUGGACCUGCUCAGGACCCUGCACCUGGACACCUUGGA